AUGACCGAAACCAAACCAGCCAACGAAAACGAAAAUGCUUCCUUAGUCACAUCAAUUUCAGAUUCCAAUCACAAUUGUGAAGAUCAUGAAGAAACUGUUUUAGAGAAUGAAACAGCGUCGUCCUCCCCCGAAGUUUCGGAAGACAACCUAAACAAUACUAAAGAACUAAAAGAUAAUAAAGAUGAGCAAGGAACGCCCACGGAUAGUUUUCCAUCAGUUAAUGACAAAGACAACAAAACAGAUAAUUCCGAAAAAGAAAGCAGCCCGGAUUCUGCUUCUACUCCAAGUGAUCAGACUAUAGAAGAUGAAACCAACAACAAAGAACCACCUGAGCAAAUAGAAAAAACUGACACAGAAGAGUCAAAGUCUCCAGUCAAUCCUAUAGCCACCCAAUCAACUGAAACUGAUGUUAGUGAAGAAGAAGGAUCUGAUUACAGCGAAGAAGAAAGCGAAGAAAACAGCAAAGAAAACAGCGAAGAAGAAAACAAAGAAAACAGCGAAGAUGAUAGUGAAGAAGACAGCGAUACUGAUAGCAAUGCCGACAGUGAAAGCGACGAUGAUGGUGUGGAAAUUGAACCAAGAUUAAAAUAUUCUCGCAUAACUACACUCCCAAAGCCAGUGUUUAAUACAGACCCUGUUUCAGCCUGCAUUUUAUCAGAGACGUUUAUUGCUGUUGCCACUCAUGGUGGGUUUGUUUAUAUUUACAAACCCGAUUUGAUAACUCCUAUCUGGUCGUACCGUGCACAUAAAGCCUCUGUUUUUGACUUAGCCACUGAUGGAUACUAUGUUGGUUCUGCAUCAAUGGAUGGCACUGUUGUAAUUGGCUCAGUGACUGAUCAGAAAGACAUUCAAGCAUUUGACUUUCAUCGCCCAGUACAGACACUUGCUUUAGACCCGCACUACAAAUCGUCUAAAAUAUUUAUUUCUGGAGGAAUGGCAGGUGAUGUCAUUCUUUCCGAACGUGGAUGGCUCAAUGGCCGUUCUGACACUGUAAUCCAACACUCUGAAGAUCCUGUCACAGCUGUAUACUGGAUAGAAAGUCUAAUUAUAUGCAUGGACGAGUCCGGUAUUAAUGUUUACGGCCAACAUUCGCGCGAAAAGUUAUUACAUAUUGACAGGCCUAAAGAUUCCCCACGGGCAGAUGUUUACAAGCCACGGUUAUGCUCUCCAGAAUCUAACCGUAUUUACAUUGCUUGGGUUGACCGAAUUUGGAAUUUGAAAAUAUCUUCCGAGUCUGCAUUAGCAGGACACAAGACAAAAAAGGAUUUCUUUAAAUCUUCUAUACUUUCAUCUGGCGCAUCUAUGAUUCUACCAUCUAGUUCCUCUAUUCUUUCAGCAAAUCAGGACCCUCAGAUUAUUAUCGAAUCUAUUAUUCAAAUUGAUUCCUUGGUAGCUGGAAUUUCUCCCUUUGGACAAGAUACCCUAAUGAUAUUGAGUUACAAACCUGUUAGCUCUGAGGACCAAAUGACAAACGUCCGGAGUGACGCUCCACCUCCAGAAAUUAGGCUUAUUGAUUUGAGUUCUGGUGAAGAAGUUUAUGCAGAUGAGCUUUCUUUGAAGGGAUACGAAAAACUUGGACUCAACGAUUAUCAUCUUUUACAGUAUUCCGAUGAAUCAUCUAUAAAGUACUUUAUCAUAAGUGCAAAAGAUGGUGUUGUCGCAGUAGAACGCACAUUAGGUGAUCGUAUAAACUGGCUUCUUGAACAUAAAUCUUAUCAGGAGGCUUGGGACAUUUCUGCCAACGUUAAGACCCCAGAAGAACGUUUAAAUAUUGGUGUUGAGUGGGCUGAAUCUCUUCUUAAUGCCGAAAAAUGGGAGGAAUCUGCAAACACACUUAAAAAAGUUAUCGAUGCUUUAUUGGAAUGUGACUUACCUAUAUCAGAUACUUUGAUUAGCUCUGCUGAUACCCCUUCGAUCCAAUCUGGACAACUUGCAGACAAUUCCUUAAAGCCUUCCCCCACACUUCCGGAACUUACUGGGUAUAAAAAGAUAGCUCAGGAAAAUUGGAAUCGUUGGGGGUUUAUUUUUUUUAAAUCAGGUCACUCUUCUGAAAUUGCAGCUGUACUCCCAACAACAUCUACUUUACAAGUGGAUCAUAAGGUCUAUGAACAAAUUUUAGCUUUUUUUAUUGACCAUGAUAUGGUUGAUGAAAUUUUGAAAUACAUAAAGCUUUGGCCUUGCGACUUGUAUGAUGCUAAUACUGUAAAGUUCAGACUAGAGUUUCUCAUUAAAGAUGAUUAUGAACUUUCUUCAACUCAGAAAAAGAGCUUACAAAAAUCUUUAGCUGAUUUAUACAUUGCUUCAGGAGAUCCCGCAUCAGCUGUUAAUCAUUUAUUGGCUCUUCAUGAUGAAUCCGUGCUUGAUUUGGUUUCUCAAUACCAUUUAUUACCUACUAUUAAAGAUAGAAUUCCUGAUCUACUUACUGUCUCCCUGGCUGAUGAUACAUUAGCAAGUGCACCAUUACCAAUAAUUCGCAACCAAAUCUCCAAGGCUAAUUCUAUUGUUGUCAAGGCUCGCCAUGAAGUCAUCCCUGAAGAGAUUGUAUCGCAAAUUAUGAAACGAAACCUUCCAAUUAUUGCUUUUCUAUACCUGGAGCAGCUUACACUUGCUGAUAGUUUUGCUAGUCAGUCAUUUGGAGACUUGCAAGUUUCACUUUACGCUGAGUUUGAUCGACCUAAGUUGAUGAACUUUUUGAAAAAGCAUAACAAUUACAAUCUUGAGAAGGCCUCUUCUGUAUGCGAAAAGCGUGGUUAUAUUCCAGAGCUUGUGUAUAUUUUAGGAAAGAUUGGCCAAAAUAAACAGGCUCUUAAGCUAGUUAUUGAAAAACUUAAGGAUCCCGAACAAGCAAUUGAUUUUGCCAAGGCGCAAAAAGAUCCAGAGCUUUGGGAUGAUUUGAUUGAUUAUUGUUUGGAAAGACCUGAAUUCAUUCGCGUACUACUUAAGCGGGCUUCUGGAUCUGUAGAUCCAAUCAAGGUGUUAAAUAAGAUUCCUAGUGAUAUGAAAAUACCUGGGAUUCGGGAUUCUAUCAUGCACAUAUUUUCAGAGUAUGAGCUGGUUCUUUCUUUAAAUAAGGGAAUUUUGGAAAUUGUUCAGAAAGAAGCACAGGACAAGGCAAAAACUUUAUUUUCUUUGCGAACUAGCGGUGUUUCUGUGGAUUUGUUUCCUGAGACUAGUCAACCUUCACAAGACGAAAAAACAACAAACUCUUCUGCUAUUCCAGAACUUGAUUUCACAGGGUCUAUUGUCAUCAAGCCAGAUGGAACUCUUAUUAACGAAAUUCAACUUUUCGGAGAUGAAAAUGUCAAACAUUUAUGGCCUCAGGCAUCAAUAUCACCAGUUUACAACCUUGAUAUUACCCGAACUGUGUCACAAAAAAUCAAACAUUUGGCUUACAUUAAAAAAAUGUUACAGUCACAAUUAACAAAAUAG